ACCGACGACGACGCAAUUGAUUUAUUUUCUACGGACAGCUUUGGCUUCCUCUUAAGAGCGACGAAUAGUAGCUAUCGCCAGUAUUUCGCGAAUCGCAUGAAUACAUUUUAGUUGGCAAUUCGCAUCCUUUCGUACCAUCAAUCGAACCACCUAUCAUCAUACCUACAAUACCUAACUAAAUACAUCUAACGUCAUUUCUCGAGAGCGACUCUACCACCAAUGCGCGAUGGCCAAAAAGAAUAAGAAGCCCGCAGUGGCCGAUUCUCCCCCUAUGGAGCCACAGAACACCGCAGAACCCUCGACAGCAUCUUCGACGAAUAAGAAGAAGACUCCUUCACCUGCACCUCAAUCCGCGUCGUCCUCAUCUUCUGCGCUUGUCAUUUGCCGAAACAAGCAUUGGCGCUACAUAUCCUCCUUCCAUGGCCCCUGGUUACAAUUGCCUCUCGAGGUUCUCGAGAUGCUCGCCAAUGCCAAUUACUACAUGCCCUUACCACGACCUGUUGACCCAGCAGUGUUCUACGAUUUAGUCAAGAUCAGACAGCUCGUCGAUAAUGCUACGGACUUGGCCGUUAGAGCCGCUAAUGGAGUCACGUCUUCAGCCUUGUCCAAUUCCUUAGCCGGGGGAGCUGCGCAUCAUAUGCAAGCAUUAGGUCUCGGGUUUGGAAACAACGGCGGCGCAAAAUUGAGUCCUGAACGCAGGUUUCGGAUGAGGGAGCAAGCCACCCAGAAAUUGUCUCGCGCCUAUCAUCUUGAUGAAAUCGCGUCAAGUGUCGCUACCAUGCAGUCUACUUCGACUCUAGAGAAUGUUGCUGGCCUUGUUUUGCAGAGAGCACCCGAUGACCCUGAUGCUAACUAUGUUCACUUUUUCCAUGAAAAGAUACCGUCCAGGCAACUGGCCGAAUGCACGGACUUCCGCGCACUCGAUCUUAUUAUUGGAAUGCGACCAUCUGACUGUGAACCCCUAAGGACUCGUGCCAUUGUUCGGAUGUUUAAGGAGGAUUUUGAAGGUGCUGUUCAGGAUCUUACGUCUGCCCUUGGUGUAUACCGUCUUCAGCAGCCGCGACACAAACCCGAAGUGGAUGAGUCGAUGCAACUAGAACAGAAGACACGACGGCGGCGAGACUUACCCCCUCUUGAUGAGAGGGACCAACCGAGCAGUACUGAAGUACAACUUCUAUUUCAACGAGCCGGUUGCUAUCUUACUUUAGCUUGCGACCAUGUUCCAUUUGCACUUCCUGAUUCGUUUGUGGAGCCGAAUAGUAAUUCGCAAAACGGUACGAAUGGUACGAAUGGUUCUAGCAACGGCGUUUCUAAUGGUACCACCAAUGGCAUCGCCGAUAGUGACGCAGUGCUACAAGAGGCAGAAGGCGACUCGGAGGAUAAAGGUCCAACGAAGAGGCAGCUCGAAAUGCGCAAAAUAGUGCGGGUCUAUGCCAAGCGUGCGCUACGAGAUUACAUGGAGUAUUUCAAACACUUUCAUUAUUCACCUAACCUACCUAUUGAAGUAUCAGAUGACUUUAGUCGCCAAGUAAAUCAAGCAACACAUCGCAAUAGGAAGUAUUACGGUCAAUCUCGUUACACGUCCCAAGAUCCAGGUAGUCCUACAGGUGCCUCACCCAGCCAUACAGUAUAUGAGCUAUCGGCGCUGUUCUCAGCUACGCCACCAGCGGAUUUACCACCGUAUCCCUCCACAGAACUCGUAUCACCCGCUUCCGCGGUUAUGGAGUUGGUUGAGACAACCACUGAAGUUGUCACCUACCAUCCCUUGCUAACCGAUGCGUUGCAUUCGCUUUUAUUGUGCCACACGCUCAUUCAGACGUCGGCCAAGGAAUUGCAACGCCAUGCACAUAUGGUAGCUCGACUUGCCCGGCUUGCCGAUGGCUAUCCGGUAUUUCAGGCUAGUAGAUCUCCUGCUCGAGCAGAUUGGAUUGAGGUUCUCCGUAGGGCGGAUAAUUGGAUCGAGCUCUCUGCAAGUUGGGAAGCACUUUGCGCUCCAGCGCCACUCCCAACUCCUAUGUCGGCUUCCGGCGUAUCGGCCACAACAGCUAGCAUGAAUGCUAUGUCCAUCACUGGAGGCAGCCCUACUGAAUCGGAGGACCAACGUAAGGAGCGCAUGCGGCAGCAAGCCAUAAUCGAAGCGCUCGAGGAUGAGCGUGUCAACGAUGAGGCGAGUUUUAAAGCCGCGAUCCUUGCGCGUCAACGCCGGGCCGAAGCGGACCACGCAAGCUCUAGCAAUGGCGGCGUCCCUAGUCCGAAUGCUGGUCCCAAGAGAUGGGCUGUAGACGAUGGUAGAGAGUACCCUAUCCUAACUGAGCGCGCGGAAGCGGUCGCAAGGUGGAUACGUGAGGCUCCGACGGGAUCUGGCGCUGGUAGCAACAAGCGCAAGAAGAAGCCGAGAGCUGCGAAGAAAACUACCGAACCUGACAAGUCGGAUACCCCGGAAGUGAUCUGAGCUCGCUAGUUAUAGUGGCCCGCCUCUUCAACAUAGCUAUUAGCGUAUUGAAUAGCUCUACUUCGUAGUAUAUAUGUAAAGCGCGAAGCUUUAAUGUUGCCGUCUUCUCCCAACAGACGGCGUGUCAAGUGUAAUAACCAUGUAUUAUGUUGGCCUUUAAUUGUGAGGGGGUUUCCACGUUGUCUUAUAAGUCGAGUGGAUCGUUCCACGUCGCAUUAUGACAGCGUGUCUAUUAGAACGCCGCCAUCGCCGACGACCGUGCUUUAUGACGUCAUUGAAGCUCGUGCAUUUAGGUGGACUAUCACGAAAGUAAGUAAGCCCUUUUGUUACCUCUCAAUCCCCCAGCUAGCCACAAGAGUCAUUGAGGAAUUAAAAUAAUGCCACAUGUUCUCGUAAACCUCUUUGACCUCGAAGCCUCAUUAUCGUC